AAAUGUGGUGUCAUGCCCUGUGUCUUAGUAGGGUAUCUUCAAGAGUGCAGAAAGCAGGUUUCUUCUGCCCAGAGUCUUGAAUGGAAAAAUCUCCCUUGACAUCCCAGCCCUGGACUUGAAGUCACAGCACACCACGUCAAGGUGCAGUUGUUUAAGAGAUUUUUGCCAGCUUCCUGGCGACUGUGGGGCUUCUUCUAGGAAGAGAUAUUUUUGGACCUGCCCCUCUCUUCCCUUUCUAAACUGGUUAAGCCUUUCCGCAUUCCAUGUGGAACCCAGGGAGCCUGAAGGAGGCUGUGAAGUUAGUGGAAUGAUUCCCUGUGUAGCUGAAACUAUGUUAGUUGACUGCCACUAAUGGCAUGGUGAGAUGUGUUGAAGAGCAGCUGCGAGGGUGUCCGACAGCAAGGGGACCGCUCUAGAGGCUGGGCUUGCAACAUCAUGGGCCAGUGUGUCACGAAGUGCAAGAAUCCUUCUUCUACCCUUGGCAGCAAAAAUGGGGAAAGGGAAUCUGGCAGCAAGUCACAUAGUAAGAGAAGUGCAGUCCACAAAGACGACCAUGGUUCAGCUUGCGGGAAAUCUUCAGGAGAUAUACUUGUGAAUGGGACAAAGAAAACGGACGCUGCUGUAGAGUCUAGUCAGCCUCCGACGUUUUCUGGAGAUACAAAGAAAGACUGUGUUUCCAGCGCAGAAGAAUCUUCGCUCCAAAGGAUCGGGGAGUUAUUUAGGAGGUAUAAGGAUGAACGGGAAGAUGCCAUACUGGAAGAAGGAAUGGAACGAUUUUGCAAUGACCUCUGUGUUGAUCCCACUGAAUUUAAAGUGCUAGUUUUGGCUUGGAAAUUCCAGGCUGCUACCAUGUGCAAAUUUACAAGGAAGGAGUUUUUUGAAGGCUGCAAAGCAAUAAACGCAGACAGCAUUGACGGUAUUUGUGCAAGGUUCCCCAGCCUCUUAAAUGAAGCCAAGCAGGAAGAUAAAUUCAAGGAUCUCUAUCGUUUCACCUUCCAGUUCGGCCUGGACUCUGAAGAAGGACAGAGGUCGCUACAUCGGGAAAUAGCCAUUGCCCUUUGGAAAUUAGUCUUCACCCAAAACAAGCCCCCCAUUUUGGACCAGUGGUUACACUUCCUAAUUGAGAACCCCUCAGGAAUCAAGGGAAUCUCCCGGGACACAUGGAACAUGUUUCUAAAUUUUACUCAGGUGAUUGGACCGGACCUUAGCAACUACAGCGAGGACGAGGCCUGGCCGAGUCUCUUCGAUACCUUUGUGGAGUGGGAAAUGGAGCGAAGGAAAAAGGAAGAGGAAACCAAAUGUAUUACGUCUUCGGACACAGAGGGCCUGUGUGCGGAGGAACAGACUUAGCGGCGUCGAAGCAGCAGUGACAAAAGCAACCUGUUGCCCUUCAUGAAAUGUAAACUCUGGAUGUUUCUGGAAAUUACCGAGGCUCCAGAUUUUUCUACUUUACACCUUUUUCUGCCUUGUCUUUGAAAGGGCUCUAAAAUGCUGUAUCAUGUUUUAGGCACUUUCUUAAUUUUGGUUAUUCCUUUUACUCUUGCCCUGAAAUAUUUGACCCUGGCUACAAGUUAAGCGUGGUUGGUUUUUUUUUGUUGUUGUUUUUUUUUUUGUUUUUUUUUUUUUUAAAGACUUCAGAUUAGUAUAAGUAAGUCUGAUAUUUCUUGCACAAUGUAGAUCUUUUUAGUUAGGUUAAAUUAACAUUGCUAAAUUAUACAGUGCCAGAUUAAGUUUUUCAUACUACAUCUGUCAGGGCAGGUCUGUACUGUGUGUAGUGCUGUUUACAUUGUUGAAAUUUUAGGCUGUAAUAAUUUUAAGGUUUUAUACCAAGAUGAACAGCAGUGUUAACUGUUAACUAUAAAUGCAUUAAUUCCCCAGUAAUAAGGCUCUAAAAAACAACGUAAGCAACAGCUUUUUGUAAUAUGGCUAAUUCCCAUCUUAAGCUAACUCUUAGUGAAUGAGUCCAGAUCAUUCCUCUUUUUGGAGUUUCAAACUAAAUGUUGGGGUUGUUUUAUAAAAUUACUGUACCUGUCAGUCAACUGAGUGGUAGAUGAUGAUUUGUAUCUAAAUCUCUUACACAUCAUGUAAUAAAAGAGCAGUACUACCUCAGUUUUAUUGAAAGUGGACUUCUUGAUGGACUUCCAUUUUCUCUGGAAGUUGUAUUUUUGUGGUUACAUGAGAACAUUUUUACUUGACUAAAAGAACCAAAGGUUCUGCUUCUUAAGUUUGCUAAACAUUGACAGAAGCAACACACAAACCCUAAGUCUUCAAGGAAAACUGUGGUAUAAUUCUGCUUUAAUUUGUUUGAUUUAUACCUAAAGUAUUAUCUUACUUGUCUGGCAAGCACAGUACUUCUAUAUAAGGAACUAUCUUUUGCAUUAAUAUUGACGAACCAAUUUUUUAAAACCUAUGUUUAAUUGCUAAAUCGCAGUUAAUACUCCACACUUUCUGGAGCAACAAUAUCGGCAUCUGAUGACAAAGUGAAUUCUUAAUGUGUUCUUAAUGACAACAGUGUAGAUGAGUCAUUUUUAGACUGAUUUGAUAAUAUUUGGAUAGGAGUCAAUUUAUUAUUUUACAAUGCCUGUAUUGGGACUAUUUGCCUGUUGAAACUGUUGUGACUUAAAGGGAGUUUUAUUAA